AUGGCGACCGCACAGGUUGGGCUUGGCGAGAACUUUCCCAUUUCUUAGAAAAACAUCGACUCUUAUUGCCGAUUUCGUAUCUCAAAACGAACCCAAUGUGUUAUCGGAGAUUUGUUUAACUCCUUUUGAAACCAAAUAGUUUAUUUAUUUAUCUUUAUAGGUACAGAAUGACGAUGCUUCCAGGCGAAAUGUCAAAGUUUUCGUCCAAAGGGAUUACUCGCGUGGAACAGCGUGUCGCUUUCAAACGAAAUUUCCCCCCGAGUUAGAAGGAAAGGUGAGAGUCGUAGAUAGAUUAGCUCCUUUCGUAAAUGAAGAAAAAUUUGGCGUUUUCGUGUCUUCCUGGCCUAAGAAUGUCUUCCGCUUUGGGGUCGUUUGAUCAAGGUUGUUUGAACCUAAGCUUUAUUUGUAAUUUUUGGUCAUAGAUUGCUUGGAAUUCGACUCGAAGAUGAAUAAGGAGAUCGACUAACGUCCUUGUAACACGUUUGCGCCAAUUCGACUGAAAUCGCUUGUUUGGAAUUACAGAGAUAUGGUAGUAACUGUGUACCCUUAGGCGAAGUUUCAAUCUUGCAUGGUGUUACAAUAUAUUGUGUGUAAACAAAGCAGUGCUCGAGUUAUUUGUUUUAGUCCGGUUUCUCUGUAGUUGUGAAUGGUUAAUGUACUGUGUAGUUAUCUCUUUUAAGCAAAAGAAACAUGCUUGGGGUGGCCUCAAGUGGACAUUUGUUUUGUUUUGUUUCGUUUUGUUUUUCUUAACUUAAUUUGUAAUCUUUCAAACAAUGGUUGUCUUUACACUAGGCUGUUAAGUAAGACGUAAGAGCUGCUAAGUUUUACUUAACCAAAAAUGCUUGUGUGAAGGCUUAAGUAAAAUCUCAAGUAACUUUACUUUGCAUCUCAUUAAACUCGGAAAGUUGAAUGAAACGAUUCAAGAAAGUUUCAAGUGACUUGCAACCAUCCUUAAAACCGACUUAUCGAAAUUUAUUUUAUACAACUUCUGUAUUACAAUAUGGGCAGUGCCAUCUUUACACUAUGGCAUUGUCUACACUUUACUGGAUACUGCACCAAAGUUCGCCACAGAAACCUACAAGAUAUGCAUUGGCAGGGCACAGCCUCAGUCUGUUACAGAAACCACGCCAAACAACAGAAGCUAUUGAGGCUGCUAUCCACCAUGGCAUUAGCAUCCUUCUCUAUCGGCAUAAUUUUCUCAUCAUACUUAGCAUUAUUCAAUAGUCUCUAAAUACAGUCAAACCUCCACAGAGGAAAAAAUAAUAGAUUCUCAAUAUUGGAUAUUUUAGGGUAUUUAAGGUAUCAGCCACCCUUCAGGACAGUCCGCACGCGUAUCGCUGUAGAGUUAGUUGUUUUUAUAAAAACCCCUAUAAGCCAUAUACUUUUUAAAAGCUUAAUAAUUCCAAAAUAUGGAUUUGAACUAACAAAAACGAUUUACUUAAAUGUGUUUCGAAAUUGGAACGCUUUGUGUAAAAGUACACGUCUCUAUAAAUCAUGUUCCACUCCCGUCGGAAAUAAACGGAAGAAAGCAAUUAACACCGUAUUCUCUUCUCAACACGUUCCACUAAAAAACCAUGUCUCAGAUUUUUGACAAGUGCGUUUGUUUUUCUUUUAUUAGCAAAUGAAGUUGGGGAAGGCAAUUAGUCAACACUCUCUGUGUAAAAAAAGCUCUAGCUUGAAAAUGAAAAGGAGUAUUAAAAUUCUCAGACACGGUUUUGUAGAAGAGAUAUAUGGCAUCACUCUGGCCAAAUUUUAGCCAAAUUGAUUGAAAGGCUGCCGACUUGGAGUUCAAAACGUACGAGUCGAUCAGCAAAAUUUGCGUUCGGAGAUAAAAUAGAAAAUACAUUUUUGGCGGCAUCCCACCUGGAAUGAGAUUAUAACACCUAAAUGUUUAUUCUGAUUGAUAUCAGAGAGGGAUCAAUUUUCUCUAACAAUAGGACUUUGACAGGUAACAUGUAACAGGAACAAACUUUUUAUUGCUAUCAACAUCUUCAAGUGAACAGUUUAAUUCUCCGUUGGAAAACUUCCACUCUUUUACACCACGAGAAGCACGGUUUAAUUCUUUCUCGAGCGCCAGGCCAAGGAAACUAAAAAACUUUGAAGCCGUCGAAUGCCCACCACCAAUAAUAUUAUUGCUCGAAGGCCAAGAACUGAGGCCCGGUUUUUUCAAACGCUCUGCUCUUCUCGGAAGAAUUAAAAACAGAAUUUGUCUUGUGCGACAGCCAGCUUUCAUUCUCGCACUGGAUUCUCCAGGUAGAACCAAGUCCAUGCUUAGUCGCUACAUUUUCCAUGACUUGGACUCUUCCCUGGCAAAAUCGACAAGAUACAGACUCGUCCAGUUUCUCAAGCAGCUUUUCGCUCAAUACGAUAGCUCGACCGCUUAUUGUUUUCCACGUUCCAUCAGCAGAUGGGGUCGAUGAGCUUAAUUGGCUUUCUUCAUCUGGUUGUUCAAGCUGGAUUUUGGAGCGGCUUGCACUCUCAACAACUGCAGCAUUUUCGCUUUUCUGAAUAUCCAACUCCUCGAGCCACUUCUCUUGCUGAUAAAAUGAGCCUUUGUCGCUCUCUGCCAAUUUUGCGGCCCAUUCUUUGUCAAACUCGCUCCUCGAUUUCUUUUUCGUUCUCGGUUUCGAUGACGAAAACGGACACGACCUUUUCUUUUUUUUGGCGGCAUUUUCACCGAAACAAACGCUAAAUAUCCACGGAGAAUACUAAAGGCUAUAAACAACGCGAAGACAAUUCGCACGUGUUGUGUCGAAGCACGCACUCGGUAUCACGUUACUAGUUCAAAUGCAAGUUAAUUGAUAUAUGACACGGGUAUGACAGAUCUUGUUAACGAUCAAUUAAGAUAAUUAACGAGAAAAAAUCUUUUACCCCCGAUAUCUUUCGACAGAAAUAAUAUUUGCUUCUGAUUUUUUUUUUAAAAGAAGGCUCUCACGCAUAUCUAUUUGAAAACAUUGAAACCUCAAAUAUGGAAAAAUGGCAAUUUUAAGGGUGGCUGAUACCUUAAAAGAGUACCCACAAAAAUCCCAAAUUUGGCAAAGUGAGACAAGUCCCAACCAGGGAAUUCCCUACCAAGUUCCCUGCUUGGGACUUGUCUCACUCUUCCAAAUUUGGGAUUUUUGUGGGUAUUCUUUAAAUACCCUAAAAUAUCCAAAAAUGGGAGUCUGUUAUUUUUUCCUGUGUGCAUGUGCAACCACCUCUCAUAUACGACUACCUCCCAUAAAUGACCACCAAUCCAAAACAUCAAAAUUUUCCCAAUCAAAGCCUCUAGUAAAUAAACAACCACGUCCUGUAAGUAACUGCUACCACUUUUUGGGCCUGACGGUUAAUGAUUUUCCAUUGUUUUUAACCUCUUGUAAGGGGUGACCACUUGAGGCAUUCUCUGAUCUCUAUUCUCACUUUGUGCACUAUUCUACUUAGAACAUAUGAAUAUAUUAAUUUAGUAACAGCAUGAAACUACACAUGUCGUAACUUAGGCAUUGCUUGCAAUAAGUUAUCUUCCAUAAAGUAGAUGUGCCUGGACCUCUUCUCAGAAAAUGCCCCUUGUGGUUCGAUUCUUGUAAACGACCACGUCCUGUAAGCAACCACUCAGUUUUUGCAUUUUGGGUUGUUGCUUCUGUAUGUAACCUGGAGUUACUCUUAAAAAGCUUUAUAUUAUAAAUGAAUUGUUAUUCAUUUAUAAUCUGGGUAGGAUGAAGGUAGUCAUUGUUCUUUAAUGAAAUCUCAAGGAUGCAUUACAGUUUUGUUGUUGAAGGCAAAUUUUGAUAUGUUUUGAAAAUUAGGAGGUAGGGAACUACAGACUUUGGGGCCAACGAGUUGUUUUCUAACUUAGAGCUAUGAUAAUUAGCACUAUCAAAAAAGAUAUCAUGCAAAUUGUUAUGUCUUUGAUGCCUAGAAAGGGUAUACCAUGAACUGCCACUUAUUUCAUAGCCCCAAGAAUGAAAAAUGAAUCUAAAACACCCACCUAUAAGCCGAGACCCAUUUGUUAACUACAGUAAAACGUUAGUAACAGUUUCCUUGUCCAGGAAAAUGUACCUUAAUGCAUUUUCGUUAAACAGGCAAAAAGUAACGGCUGAUAAACAGCUUUUCAAAGCAUUUUUAAUGGUUUGAUGAACACUUUUAAUGGAUGGGCAAAAAUUUCUAACGGCUUUGGAAAGCAAUUGAACGGAUUGGCUUGAUUUUCCGAAUGGUUUGAAAUCUUAACGGGUUGACCAAACGACAUAAAUGUCUUACAUGAUCAAAGUUUUAAACAAUUUAUUGUUGUUUAGGUUUUAAAUGGCUGCUAUCAAUCUUUCCUCAUGUCUUCAUCGCAUUAUGCUUGAAAUGGUCACUGGAAUCACUUUUCAUUUAAACCAGGCAAAUGUUGCGAAGCACGUGUUUGACCAUACAUCUAACAUGCCGAAUUCUGUUCACAUUUCUUGACAUCUUUCAUUUGUUUUAGAGCUUCCCUUGUUUUUUAAAGGCUUAACAAUGUGUAAUUUUAAUUGUGAGCCCUGUUUUUGUUGGACAUUUUGACAAUUUGGGAGUGAAUUUCUGUUCUUAGCUAACUUAUCAAUCAGGUCCAGGUUGUUUAAACAUUGGCACAGUAAGAGAAAAAUGUCCCUAUCCAUUUGUUCUUUGGACAAGCACUGUAUUAAAUUUGGUUGUCCGAAACCCAAGAGUUCUUCAUGUCCAAAAAGUUUAGUUCGAAACUCAAAAACAAUCAGGCAUUUAAUGUUUUUAAUCACACUAUUUCCCUUGUAAAUUGUUUUUGACUUAAAACUAAAAUGGAGCUGGUAAAAACAAAUGAAAUGACCAUGAAAUGGCAAAGUUCAAAGGAAUAUUUAAACUUAUUUUGUCAAGCCUGAGGUUUGCUUUUAUGACUGUUAAGAUGAAUGUUACUUCUACCAUAAUUUGAAGACAAUUUUCAACUGUUUCUUUAUUUUUUUCUAAAUAAAAACGUGCUUGUCCCACGGACAAGUCAUGCCAAAGGUUUACAUGUCCGAACUAUAUUUCUACCUGUACCGGACAAUCGGACAUACUUGGCAUACCCUGGUUGGAUAGCGCUAUCCAUCGGAUAAAUCACUAUCUAGUGGAUAAUAAUAAUAUUAGGAAAACCAAUGGCACCAUCCACUGGAUAUCAAUUUAUCCGGUCAAUAGCACUAUCCACCUUUUGAACAACUGGGGCCAGGUUUGUAAUUACGCAAUCAAUUCGAUCUUUUGCUGCUAUCUCCUCAGCUUAUAGGUGAAUACAUAACCAUUUAGUAGUCAGUUUCAAUGCACUGAAAAAGAUAUUUUUUUUAAAAGCCGAGAACCCCUCUUGGGCUCAAAUUUCACUUUUAAGUGAAAUUAAAGCUGAAGUUUUAAUUGUGUAAAAAUUGCUCUGCUUAUAGCUGAAUAAAUACGGUAAAUUAAAAAAACGAUAAAUGCAGAACAUAUUUUGAUAAGCACUGCUAUAGCUUUGUUCAAAGUGCUUUUUCUAUAGCACUCAGGUGAUAAGCCCCCUCAGAGGCCUUUCGGUAAACAAGCAUGACAAUGCAACACAUUAUGUUUGUGUAAUAACUGAACUUAUGGCCACAGUUUCUUAUUGAACAGGAGCUCUGCUUUUAGGCUUGCCUAAAUCUAGUAUAUUAGAUUUCAGCGUAGGUAAAAAAUUUACAGAAUGUUCAUCAGGAGUAGGGUUUAAAAGCGCAUGACUUUUGUUAUAAUUCGGAUGUGCAUUGGUCAUGUGAAUUCUAGACACAGUAACCACUGUAAUGUUCAGUGUACAUGUAUCCUUGUACUGUUCUCACUCUCUACAUUACAUUUCAUGUUGCAGCUUGAACGAAGUCAAUUUGAACAAACAGUAAACCACAUUAACGGCAUCUUUGAUGAAGCUGAAAGGGUUGGUGCACGAACAUACCUUGAAGGCUGUUUGGGCUGCAUAACAGCAUACCUUAUUUUCAUGUGUAUCCAGACACAGUACAACAAGGUAACAACACUCAAACAGUAACAAAAGGGAGCUUAGGAAAUUCUGACAUCAAUGGCAAGGAGAACAUCAAGAUAAUAGAUGUUCAAAAGAUGGAUAAUGCUUUCCACUGGGUAAAUCUCUAUUCAGAGGAUGACUUGAUUAGUUUUCUUAAUACAUAUACUUAUCAAAUGGAUGGUGGUUUAUCCAGUGUGUAAUACUAUCCAACAUUUGAACAACCAGGACAAAACCAGGUUUAAAAAAGGGAGUUGCUUAUAAGAAAGAUUACAUAACAUAUGAAAAGCUAAAACACAUUUUUUCUUUCCUUGCAGUGUUUGAAAAGACUAGCAGAAUAUGUAAAUGAGCAGAACCAAAGUGUGUUUGUUCCGCGAGGACUGAUGAUAGUUAACCCUAUGGAGAGAGGACUUCGAGUUGUAUCCUUUCAUGAAUUUUAUUCAGUUUCUACUGCCUGUAUAACCAUUGAAUUCCUUUUAUCUGAUCACCCACAGGGAGUUGUGCUCAUACGGUAUACCGCUAUUUCAAGAAAAGUUGUCAGAAAAAAUGUGCACGCGACAAUCCCAAACAGCAAUAUGAUAUAUGAUCAAUAUAUUGUUUCUGAUACUGUAGCUGUUGAACCUACUUUUGUUGCUUUCCUUUAG